AUGUCCGCCUCUUCAUCAUCUCAUGUCUAUCACGCGCCGCGACGAAAGAUACUUCCAACUGUACUGAAUUUCAUGGAUGGUUCGCGUCCGACGCCAACAAAUUCUAGCAGAAAGAAUAAACCGACGAUGGAUAUCUAUGAUCUGCUACGACGAGCUGUGAAUGAACGACGACGGAUCGAAGUGCUGACACGUGAUUGCCGAGGAAUAUAUGGUAUUCUCAUUGGUUGGUUGAUUGUUUUCGAUAAACACAUGAAUUUAAUUAUGUCCGAUGUGGAUGAAGUCUUUCGGCGCUUAACUGACGGACACGAUUAUCUCGAAUUGGGGACCAAAAAAGAAAACCUGCCAGUAACAAAACCGACUACUUCGAAUCCAAAAGCUCCAGAAGUCCCAGAUGAUUUUCAAACGUUUCGAGCUCAGCUAGCGAAUUUCUUACGAAAUAAGAAGAAGCCACCGACUGCUGCUGCUGCUAAAGCACCACGGCAAGCAUUACCCGUCAAUGACGAUGAAGAAAAUGAAAACGAAUGUUAUCAACCACCGUGCGAAUGUCAUCCUGAACAAUUUCUAUCGAUGGAAUUGUUAACUGUCAAUAAUUUGAUUGUACAACGUCUUAGUGGUAAAUCGCCACACGUUGAUUCAUCGUCUGUUCAACUGUCAACGCCUUUGAUAACAUCGAAUCGUGCAAAAGUUCGUUUCUUCUCGCGGCAUAUUCCGAAAUUGUACGUGAAAGGCGAUCAGAUUUGUCUAAUACGUCUCUUAUCUUCUUGA